AUGGCAUCCGAUCAAGAAAGCCUUUCUUUACCACAUAUUAUUCGAAAUCGAGAGCUUUCUGAUGGGGAAAGUCCGCUGAGUGAUGAUGAAGAUUCAGAAGAAAAUGAAACUCUUCGGAUCACUCGGAAAGAUCCUUUAGAGUUCAGUCCGAAACCCCUUGGAGAUGAGGUUCAAGAUGCUCACACUCUACGACCAACCGAUGAGUUCGAAUAUAUCCCUUUCCCAUCACUUCGACCGCAACCAACUCCACCAACUCAAGACCGAAAAAGAAUCUACACGAGCCCAAGGGACAGCAAGAUUGAGAAAAAUCCUCGUCCCAUUCCGCCACCAAAACCAAAGUAUUUGAAAGAGUCUCGUUUAUUGAAAAGCCCAACGGCUGAUUGUCGACCAAUGAGCCGAGAUUCCGGUAUUUCAAUCUGCACCAAUCCCCAAUGUCCUUAUUCCACCGGUCAACACAUUUUGCGCAUCUCCAUUCUUCCAGAUUCGAAAGACGAGAUCUACGAGGUUCAUUCGCCGGCACAAACAGGCGAUUCGGGCAUCGAGCAUACGAGAGCCACUCCCUCCACAAGCACCGAUUUCUCACCAAGAAGCGAUCUCAAAUCGGAAUACGCGAGCCCUCGACCACCAUCGAAAGCAGCCACUCCCGAAUCAGUGAAUCAGCUUCUAAUUCAAAGAGAAACCCCACCACCUGAUCACGCACCUCCUCCACCGCCAUCAACACUUUCGACCGACGAACGUCUUUACUCCGAAGAGCAACGCCAAAAAGCACGAGAUACUCUUGAUCAGGUUUUGAUUCCGAUUGCGGUGGAAAGAGAACGUUCGCGGGGAACGAUCGAGUCGAAUCAAGGAAGCGACGAAGAAGAAAAGAUCCCGAUUGAUCAACAUUUCAUCGAAGAGGAGACUUUCCCCGAUCCACCACCACACAUCUCAAGCCAAGAAUUGAAAGAGGCGGUGAUCACACAGCACGCGAAAUUCUCUUGUCUGAGUGAGCGUGAGGAAAGUGCUCGAGUGGAGGCAACACUUCAUCUUGCACCCACGAAAAUCUCGCAAUCAAUCUCGCGUACUUUUCCUUCGCUGCAGGCAAUUCCCUCGGAACGUCCAAGCGAGAAAAGUGUUUUAGUGGAGCUGACCGUUGAGUUGAAUCGAGAACAAAACGCUUUGAUUUCCACACACAAAUAUCCGCAAAAAGUGAAAGGAGAACGAGCUAUUGUUUCAACAAAAGUGCAAAACGGUGUACGAAAAACGACAAGUCAAAGCAACAUGGUGCCACCACCAGUUCCCCUUUAUCGAGCUGUAGAUAUUCCUUUUGAUGACUCAAGCAAAGACACUUAUCAACCACCAAUCCGAAAUGAGAAAUCAUCAAAAGAUGGUUAUUUUACGGUGAUUUUGGAGAUGGGCUCUCAACCAGUGCAUAAAGGAUUUGGAAUGGGCAUUCAUUCGGAAAGAGGAGAGCCAUUAAAGGUAGAAUCAGUGCUUGUCGGAACGCCAGCUGAUCGAGCGGGACUUCAAGUGGGUGAUCGAAUCGCAUCAAUCAAUGGAGAAGAUGUUGUUGAUGCUUAUCCAUCGGCUAUUAAUCGAAUGCUGCACGAAGCGGCUCGACUUGGAGAGGUUGAACUCCGAAUCCUUCGCCUUGCCACUACACACUAUGAAAACGUGGCUCGACUUCAGAAAUCAGCCUCAGCUGCUUCGUUUGACAAAACUCGUAGCAUUUUCCAGGGUGCCCCAUUAGCGAAAACACCUGAACAGCGAAAACGGGAGGCAUUCGGAUCGAUAAACUCUGGAACACUGAGACAAGACUCUGCUGUUUCUCGAAACUCUCAAUCAUCAAUUUCAUCAACGACAAGUGAGCAUCGCGGACUGCAACGCUCAUCAACUGGCACCUCUUUUGAUCCAUAUCGAGCUCCAGAAAUCAAAAUGAUUCAAACACCGCAGAUUGAGUCGGGUUUCCGAAAGAGUUACGGAGUUGAGGGAGAUUUUCGUGUCACUACAGCCUCGACGAAACAAGGACCAGGAAAACUCUCUGAUUUUGUGCCUGAAGUGGAAAGAGAUUCACAAAAUAUACUUUAUCAAGGAUUAGAUGAUGAGUCUCGAAAGUCCGAAGAUGACUCAAUCCCAAGAACCAUUCGCAACUACGAUUUGCGACCAACGCCAGCUAUUAGUCAAUCAUUCGCUCUCCGUCGAGACUCGGAUGAUGCCUCCGUGUGCGCUGUUCUCAAGCGAUCCACUUUGCCAAGAAAUGCUGGAGGUAAAGCUCUAGAAGAUGCCUCGGAAACUGAUGGAGAUUUCAAUGAUGGAAAAGAUAGCUUGGCUGAGGGUGCGGUGAGGGUGAGUGUAGAGCCACGGUCUCGACGCGCCUCUGGGUCGACAAUGAUGGCUCCUCGGGGAGCCCCGUUGAGAAGCUCUUCUCAAGACUCACUUCUCACCACUACUGAGGAAGUCUAUCGUCGAUAUGAGUAUCGUCGCUACACACCCACUUACGCCGAUCCGAGAGACUACGAUCAACGAGCUGAUCAUUCACCGCGCACUCGUGUCAUCCCAGUCAUUCGUGAUCCCCGUCCACCAAGUCGUGAAGACAACUACUAUCCGAGGAUCGAGACUAUGCCCGUUUAUCGAUCGACUUCAAUUCGUGAUGAUUAUCCAGCUCCAGAAGAGCCGCCAACAAUUGCAUCCGGUCGAAUGACUCCAAUUGCAAUUGAGAGAAGGUACAGAAAUGAGAGUCCAGAGGUUGGAAGAGAUGAGAGCGGAAGUGUACGUUCAAGAGCUCGCUCAACAGAUGCAAGAGGAUCGACAAGUCGACCAAUCUAUAUUCAGCGAAAGCAAUACAAUAACUAUUACGAUCCUGAUUAUGAUGAGAUCGAUAAUGAUGGAGUGUCGAGAGCAAGUCAUCGCUUUUACGAUAAAGAUGGAAGAGCGCUGCGACGUGAAGAAAGAAGAGAAGAACGAGUGGUCGAGGUGACGAGAAGCUAUGAAAAUCUUGAAGAGGAUCCACGAGAGUGGCGUCAAGUGAUCAAAUCUCAGCGCCAAGCAGCGCCUGGACAACCACAGGAUAAUCAACGAAUUCGCGAUGCUUCUCAAUCGCUUGGAAAUCUCCCAACUUACAUGAAUCGGCGAAUGAAAGAACAAGAAGAAAAAGAACGCGAAGAGCGCAAGUAUCUCGAUUCAGCUCGCAUGGAUGUACAAGAAGACUUUCGACAACGUAAUAUCGAGAAGAAUCGUGAACGACAAGAUUCAAGAAACUAUAGAGAAUCGAAUGAUCGCCAACCACGAGUGGUCAAAGAUUGGAGAGAACAGGAGCGAACUUAUAAUGGAGGACCGGCACCGGAUGGAUAUUCCUCGUUGCAUCGAUCGUACGGAAAUGAAAGAUCAAAUGAUCAAGGACGUGUCGAUCCUCGUUAUGGAACAAUCCCCGACAAGCCGCAGCGUCACCCGGCUCAACCAUACCAAAGAGACUUUGACAAACAAGAGCCUGUAGUGGCGGUCAGUGGAAAACAUCGUUGCGGACAUUGUGGAAAUGAAUUGGGUCGUGGACAGGCGAUGAUCAUUGAAAGUCUCUCACUUUACUAUCAUCUUUCGUGUUUCCGUUGUAUUGUUUGCGGAACAGCAUUGGGCAAUGGCACAACGGGAGCUGAUGUGCGUGUGCGAGAUGGGAAACUCCAUUGCUAUAGCUGCUACAGCAAUGAUGCCGUUCAGUUGAGUAAAGUU